AUGACACAAGAUACUGCGACUGGGUCCAUUACCUUAGAAUGGUUAGCUGUGCAAAGAAAGAACUUCAAUGCCACGCCUGUGCGGGUACUUGCACAGAAUGCAAUGGUCAAUACGGAGAUGGUCAAAGUGCUCACCAAACGCGAGCUUGUCCCAUCCUAUACUCAUGAUUAUAGUGUGAAGGUUGCCAUUGAGGGCAAGGCCACCAAUCAACAGUCCACUGGGCGAUGCUGGUUGUUUGCAGCCUGCAAUAUGAUUCGCUUGGAGAUGAUGAAAAACCACAAGCUAGCAGACGACUUUGAACUGUCACAGACGUAUCUGUUCUUCCACGACAAGUUGGAACGCGUUAACUUUCUGUUAGAGAAUAUACUCAACACAAUGGAUGAAGACACGGACAGUCGGCUCAUCCAGCACUUUCUGAACAAUCCGCUCGAGGAUGGUGGCCAGUACGACAUGUUCGUCAACAUUGUCGAGAAAUACGGCCUGGUACCCAAGUCAGUCUAUCCUGAAGUGGUGACGACCAAAUCCAGUGUCCACUUGAACCGAAUGCUCAAUAAGAAAGUGCGUGAGUACUGCUGUCGCCUACGCAGCGAGUAUAAACAGACCGGGGGCAAUAUGGCCCAAUGCCGUGAAAUGAAGGACACCUUCAUGACCCAGGUGUACAAUGUCCUGUCCAUCCAUUUCGGACCGCUCCCCACCACUUUCAGCUGGACGUUCCACAACAAAGACAAGGCCUUCACUCGCUAUGAUAACCUCACGCCCCUGUCCUUCUACCGCACCCACACGGGCAUCAAUGUCAAUGACUACAUCUCUCUCAUUAACGAUCCCCGAAAUGCGUACAAUACGACGUAUACAGAUCUGGUGUACGGAGAGGGUGUGGCCCCAGCCAUGGACAAAGCUGACAGAUUGCGGUACAAGGCGUCGCUCAUGACCCACGCCAUGCUAUUCACGGGCUGUGAUGUGCCAGUCGAAGGGGAGCUGCCCACAAAGUACAGGGUGGAGAACUCGUGGGGCGACAAACUGGGUGAUAAGGGCUACCACAUCAUGACAGCGGAUUGGUUCAAAGAGUUUGUGUACCAGAUUGUGGUACACAAGUCCCAGCUCGAGGAUGAACAGGUGCCAGCGUUAACUGCAACCCCGUCUGUCCUGCCCCCGUGGGACCCGAUGGGUACGCUAGCCUGA